CAGAUUUCUUUUAAGGAUUUGAGCCAAAGGCGUCCGAUGUCCUGAUGAAGUGUCGGCAGAGAGAGGGAGGAGGCAAGCAGAGAGGAAGGAAGCGAGAAUAACGUCACGAAGACUCGGAGUAAAACGGAUUGAACGGCGUUUAAUGGACGAUCCUUGAUGCAGGCCAGGGGAAUGACUGGGUCCAACUGUGUUUGUUCACGCCGAUUCAGACAAAAAUGUUUUUGUUAACUUAGCGGCCGUGAAAAGGGGCAAAGCGUGUCGGAGACGGAAACGUCAACACAUCUGCAGAUCUGAUCUUUUUUUUUUUCUUUUUUUUCCCCUGGAGCUCCUCUGAAGCAGAGAAAUGGAAAUGUGUGUAGCCCUCCUUCGUUUGGCUGUUUACUGAAGAGGUUGGAAACAGCCUUGUCGUGACACACGGAACUUUUUUAGUGGAUUUUUCCAGAACUUCAUCUUUAAUGUGUGAAAAAGACACAUAUUUCAUUCCUCCGCGGCAUUUUAUGGACGUUGCUCUCAGUGUUUUAUAAAAAAAACCACCGGGAGAAUUAACAGGUGACUGCUUGAACAAAUUCAAAAAUGAGUGAGCUGGAGCAGCUUCGUCAAGAGGCUGAGCAGCUUAGGAACCAGAUAAGAGAUGCCAGGAAAGCAUGUGGAGAUUCAACACUGACACAGAUGGCUGCCGGUCUGGAUCCUGUGGGACGGAUUCAGAUGCGGACAAGGCGCACCCUCCGUGGCCACCUCGCCAAGAUCUAUGCCAUGCACUGGGGUUCAGAUUCUAGGCUUCUGGUUAGCGCCUCUCAAGAUGGUAAACUGAUCAUCUGGGACAGUCACACCACUAACAAGAUACACGCCAUUCCCUUGCGCUCUUCCUGGGUAAUGACCUGUGCAUAUGCCCCCUCUGGGAACUAUGUGGCCUGCGGAGGCUUGGACAACAUCUGCUCCAUCUACUGCUUAAAGACACGAGAAGGAAACGUGAGGGUCAGCAGGGAGCUACCUGGCCAUACAGGUUACCUGUCAUGUUGCCGUUUCAUUGAUGACAAUCAAAUCAUCACAAGUUCAGGAGACACCACAUGUGCAAUGUGGGACAUUGAGACGAGUCAGCAGACCACAGUUUUCUCUGGUCACACUGGUGACGUCAUGAGCCUGUCCUUAUCGCCUGACCUGCGCACCUUUGUGUCAGGAGCCUGUGACGCAUCAGUCAAACUGUGGGACAUCAGAGACAGCAUGUGCCGACAGACGUUCAUAGGCCAUGAAUCGGACAUCAAUGCCACCUGUUUCUUUCCCAAUGGCAGCGCCUUUGCCACAGGCUCAGACGACGCCACCUGCAGGCUGUUUGAUCUGCGAGCCGACCAGGAGCUGAGUGUUUACUGCCACGACAACAUCAUCUGUGGCAUCACCUCUGUUGCUUUCUCACGCUCUGGCCGUCUGCUGCUGGCCGGUUACGAUGAUUUUAACUGUAACAUCUGGGACGCCAUGAAGGGAGACAGAGCAGGAGUCCUGGCUGGCCAUGACAAUCGUGUGAGCUGUCUGGGGGUGACUGAUGACGGCAUGGCGGCAUGUACCGGGUCCUGGGACAGCUUCCUUAAGAUCUGGAACUGAGCCUUGCACAUUAACAACAAACACACACGUCCAGCAGCAACAGACUGCUCCCCUCCUGGGACACAGUUUGCACCUGUAUUCACACUGUAUGUAAGAUUCCACAGACAAGCUCCAACAUUGUACUGUACAUAAUAUAUUAAACUUGCAUAUGACUUUACACACACACACACACACACACACACACACACUGCUUGGAAGAUGAGAUGACACAAAACCUGAACACUUCCCACUGCUGUUUGAAGUACACUGCGACACACACACACACACACAUACACGCAUACAUGUAAUCUGUAAAAUAUCAGUUGUGACCAAAUACAGCUGAAUCUUCAGCUGCUUCAAUAAAAACAAAACCCAUUGUUACCUGAAGCCUUUUAAGACAUCUGACUCACUCUUUCACACAUAUUUUCCUGAGAAACACUUCUACUCCAGUUAAGCAGGAGAGAAGACAUUUUUGGACAAUUAUGUCUUUGUUUACAAUGAAGUUCAAAUGCACUUCAGAUUUUUCUCUACCGCUUUUGUCUCAGUUACAUAGUAUCUCAGCAACACUAAUGUGAAGGAGGAAUUACGCAAGUCCAUUAACACUGACAACAAAAUAAAUAAAUAAAUAUUUACUGACAUGGUUAACAUCAUGUAAUUACUGUUUUUAUUGGUAUUUUUCUAAACCUUAUAGUCGGUACAUCUAGGGCCUGAAGUAUGAAACAAGAGAUAUAUAGUACAUACAUAUUUGUACUGAACUAUAAAUUAAUGACCAUGCUUGCUGUUUUCCUCAAACUGAGUAUGCAGCAUAUAAAAAUUGCCAUAUUUCAAAUAUCUGUAUUUUCAUGGUCAUAAUGUUUGAAAAAUAUCCAGUUGAAAUCACUGGAUAUCAUUUUAGUGUGGAUUACAAAAUAUGAACUUAGAAAUUUGCGGUAAUCCCACUGACUGCUUUUAAUGGCAUAUUUGUUUUUAAUUAUGUAAUGCAAACAGCUGCUACAUUAGCCAGUGUUGCAUCUGACAGAUUAAGAAACUUUCUUACAUGCUUCAACAAAAUACUUGCAGCCCAUGCAUUCAAGAAAAUAAAUAAACAAGAUUUCGAUCAGUGCUUUAAUGAUGUGGCAGCGAUACUUAUAGAACAAAUUUAUGCAUUCACCAUCAGCAUUAUUCUUCUUUGUCGCCUUUCCUUCUUGCUUUGGCUGAAGCAGCUGUGUUGCUUCUAGAAAUAUACAAUUGUGAUUGAUCAUCUGAUGGUAGCUUCACCUGUUGUAUAUGAAGGUCGUGCACAUACACCAAGAGUUGGAAAACCUGGGUUCCCUUACCAAGCUGAUAACCAGUGUUGAAAUCUCCAUUGUUAGGUUUAGUUAAACCAGAUAACUUAAGAUACUCUGGUUAUAUUGACCCUGCUUCAUAAUACAGGCCCCUGCUCUAAGGUUUGCAUUUAUUUUGCUUAUGUCAUUUUAUACACUUGUUUUAUUCAUGUUUUCCCUGUGUGCCUCAGAUACACUGAUAAAUAAACCAUUAUACAGUAAAAUUAGCUCAAAAUGAUCUCGGAUGAAAACAGUGAAAUUACAGUAUAAGACACAUCUAAACAGGCAGAAGCCAGUAUUCAUACUUUGACUUUGUCACUGUAUUAUCUGGAAAUUACCAUGACAUAAUUGUACAUAACCUUAAUAAAUAACAGCUUCUCCUGACAGCUAUUGUGGUUUCUUUGUUAAAGCAAUGUUUCUAAGAUAGUGGAAGAUUUUAUUCAUAUUUGUGGAUAAAAUCAGUGGAAAACAAAUGUGCAUUGUCUGGUAUUUUGUAUACUUCAUCAGUAACCUAACCAAACAUUAAAAAAUGUAAUAAAAAUACAUCCUUAACAACCA